AUGACUACAUGCGCACAAGCUAUUAAGGCGUGGGAGGCCAAGAACUCGGCGUCGGCGGAAGAAUCUUCUGUGAUCAAGCUAUAUUGCCAGAUGCCUCCGAUCGCAAAGCUUGAUAACUCGCUCAACACGCUCAAGAACUGCGAACAGUUGUCGUUGUCAACGAACGCAAUUGAUCGCCUUAUCCCUCUUUCAGGGAUGAAGAAGCUGCGGAUUCUGUCACUUGGUCGGAAUCAGAUCAAGAAGAUCGAGAAAUUGGACGAUGUCUCGGAUACGUUGGAGGAACUGUGGCUGUCGUACAACGUCAUCGCCACGCUGGACGGACUGUCAGGACUCACGAACCUCACGACGCUCUACGUAUCCAACAACUUGAUCAAGAGCUGGGACGAACUCGACAAACUUGCGAGUUUACCCAAACUACGAGACGUGCUAUUCACGGGAAACCCUAUUUACGAGAAUCUGAGCAAGGAAGACGCUCGACUCAACGUGCUCAAACGGAUCCCCAAAGUUGCCAAGAUCGACGGUGACAUGGUCAAGCAGACGGAACGUGAUGCCGCGCUAGGACAAUAA